AUGAGUGAUUUCAGUGAAGAAUUGACGAGGCCUGUGACAGAGGAUGAGCAAGUGGAAACAUCUGUGCUUUCUGGUACAGGAAUGCAUAUUCCUUGGCUUCAAAAGCGUAUAGAAACUGUAGUGACUGGAGGAAAAAAGAAGAAGGAUUUUGCUCAGACAACAAGUGCAUGUUUAAAUUUUAUCCAAGAAGCUCUACUGAAGCACCAGUGGCAGAAAGCUGCAGAGUACAUGCACAGUUAUUUUCAGACCUUGGAAGAUUCAGAUAGCUACAAAAAGCAGGCUGCACCUGAGAUUAUUUGGAAGCUUGGAAGUGAAAUUCUAUUUUAUCAUCCCAAGAGCAACGUGGAGACUUUCAAUACCUUUGCUGACCGGAUGAAAAAUAUUGGCGUCAUGAAUUACUUAAAGAUCUCCUUGCAACAUGCAUUGUACCUUCUGCAUCAUGGAAUGUUUGAGGAUGCAAACAGAAAUCUAAGUGAGACAGAGACAUGGAGAUAAGGAGAGAAGUCGUCUUCCCAGGAAAUAUUAAUCAAUCUUAUUCAAGUUAAAGGGCUUUUGCAGUACUAUACUUGGUCUAAAAAGAAGAUGGAAUUGUCAAAGCUUG